GCUCGGUUGUUUCCUUUGCUCCACAAACGGAGCCCGAGAUCAUGUUGACGUGCUGAGUUUGCUGGGUCAGGUUCCGUACUCCCGUGAACGCAGCACUGCAUAGCCCUCUGCUCCGUCGCGUAAACAUUUCACAGCAAACCAUGGCUGCGCCGUUAAGUAGGAUUGUUGCAAAGUCCCUCAGACAGAUCCCUCGUCCAUCAUGGAGAACUUGCCAGUCUGGAGUCRGGAGCAGGGCCAUUUCUUCCCCAGCUGUGGAAUCCCAUCAAGCAAGUGGAGUGUUCUCCUUUCCUCCUCUUCAAACAUAUUCAGAGGAGGAGAGCAUGAUGAGAGAAGCAGUGAAGAAAUACGCACAGGAGCGCAUCGCCCCCCUUGUGUCAAAGAUGGAUGAAAAUUCUGCCAUGGAUGAAGAAGUCCUGAAGUCCCUCUUUGAGCAGGGACUCAUGGGAAUUGAAAUAGACCCAGAGUACGGUGGCACCGGCUCCUCAUUUUUCUCCUCCAUCCUGGUUAUUGAAGAGCUGGCGAAGGUGGAUCCCUCUGUGGCUGUGCUUGUUGACAUCCAAAACACACUCAUCAAUGUACUGUUUGCUAAACUCGGAACCCCAGCUCAGAAAGAAAAAUACCUGAACCGACUGUCAACAGACAUGUGUGGAAGCUUCUGCCUCUCUGAAGCAGAGUCAGGGAGUGAUGCCUUUUCUCUGAAGACGCGCGCUGAAAAACACAAGGACUAUUACGUAAUCAACGGAUCCAAAAUGUGGAUCAGUAAUGCAGAGCACGCAGGAGUUUUCCUCGUCAUGGCUAAUGUGGAUCCUUCUGCUGGAUACAGAGGCAUUACCUGCUUCAUCGUGGACCGGGACACUGAGGGACUUGAGAUUUGCAAGAAGGAGAACAAGCUUGGGCUGCGAGCAUCCUCCACCUGCCCCCUCAACUUUGACAACGUCAAGGUACCAGAGAAAAACAUUUUAGGAGAACUCGGUCAUGGAUACAAGUAUGCCAUCGGUAUGCUGAAUGAGGGCAGGAUUGGCAUUGCGGCACAGAUGCUUGGACUGGCACAGGGUUGCUUUGACCACACCGUUCCUUACACCAGACAGAGAGUACAGUUUGGAAAACGUAUCUUUGACUUUCAGGGCAUGCAGCAUCAAAUAGCCCAUGUAGCGACACAGAUUGAAGCAGCGCGGCUGCUGACAUACAACGCCGCUCGCCUGAAGGAAGCUGGCAGACCUUUCAUUAAGGAGGCCUGCAUGGCUAAAUACUUCACAUCUGAGGUUGCAACCCUGACCACAUCUAAAUGUAUUGAAUGGAUGGGAGGAGUAGGCUUCACUAAAGACUACCCCAUAGAGAAAUACUACAGAGACUGUAAAAUCGGAACCAUUUAUGAGGGCACGACAAAUAUCCAGCUAUCCACUAUGGCCAAGUUUAUUGAUAAGGAAUACGACCACUGAAAACAUCCAACCACAAACGGAUUAUUCUCACUUUUCUGCUACACUCAUGUGUUUGUUUUUCUCUCUUAGUUAAAUUUUAGGCGUUUUAUUUCUGGUUGAGCUUUGUGCUCUUGUAAGCUCUAGAUCUAAAGAACKUGGCUCUUCUUCUGUUCAAGUCUAAAAAUUGCCUUUACUGCAACAUGUCUUCCAUAUUUGUUGUGAAUUUAUUAUGUCUGGCAGAAAGUUGUGUAGGACUCACURAUUCUUAUGUUGCAGAUGGGAAGAUAUCAAGUGAACGGUUCUGACAAGGAUAGUCUUUUAAUGAUGCUGCGCCUUCAGAAGAUUUGCAGUAAAUGAGAAGUUCAUGAUGUCAUUGCAGGACACUAUCUAACUGGAUUAUUGCAGUUCACUCACUCCUCUUCACCCUGUAGUGUACUGUACAGUGAUUUCUUUCACGUCACAGCAAUGUUUCUCUGUAAAGAACAAUCUGUCUACAUUAAAUUUAAAAAUUACCACAGUGUGA